UUUCCUGCUGUCACCAGCCAUCAUCCUUCAUUUCUUCAACCUCCCUCCCAUUAUAUAUAGCAGUUUCAUUCCCCAUAAGAUGGAUUGAGAACAGAGGAAACAAAGACAAAAUUCCAAAGAAGAAGAGAAGCUGUUAUCAAUGGCUUCUUCUUCAGUGCAGUGCCCACCAUUUGGGUUAUCGGCACAGUAUUAUACUGUGGGCAACGAUGGAAGCUGUAUCAGGCAGAGUAGCUUUUUUGAUGGUAGUGCAUCUCUCAAUCAAGGAGUUGGGUAUGGUGUUAUUUUGGGUUUUGGAGCUUUCUUUGCUUUCUUCACCUCUUUCCUGGUAUGGCUUGAGAAGCGAUAUGUGGGGGCACAACACACAUCUGAAUGGUUCAAUACUGCAGGAAGAACUGUUAAAACAGGACUCAUUGCUAGUGUCAUAGUUUCUCAGUGGACUUAUGCUGCUACAAUCUUGCAAAGCUCUAAUGUAGCAUGGGAGUAUGGUAUUAGUGGUCCUUACUGGUAUGCAAGUGGUGCCACUGUUCAGGUACUCAUGUUUGGUAUUAUUGCUAUAGAGAUCAAACAAAAGGCUCCUCAUGCUCAUACGGUCUGUGAAAUUGUAAGAGCUCGAUGGGGGACUAAAGCUCAUAUUGUCUUCCUUUGCUUCUGCCUCAUGACAAAUAUUAUAACAACAUCUAAUCUUAUUCUUGGUGGUUCUGCGGUUGUCAAUGCGCUUACUGGGGUCAACGUUUACGCUGCAAGCUUUCUAAUUCCUCUUGGUGUCAUGGUCUACACAUUGGCUGGGGGACUAAAAGCUACUUUCUUGGCCAGCUAUAUACAUUCUGUUAUAGUGCAUGUGAUCUUGGUCAUCUUUGUGUACCUGGUUUACACGGCAAGUAGCGAGCUCGGUAGUCCACAAGUUGUCUUCAAUCAACUCAUGGAAGUUACCAGCAAAUCAAGAAUAUGUCAAGAGCCAAUUUCUCAUGCCGGACAGGCCUGUGGACCUGUUAGUGGGAACUAUGGUGGAUCCUACCUAACAAUGUUAAGUUCUGGUGGCCUUAUUUUCGGAAUCAUCCAAAUUGUUGUCAAUUUUGCCACAGUCUGCGCCGACAAUGGAUUUUGGAUGAGUGCCAUUGCUGCACGACCUUCGUCAACUCACAAGGGCUACUUGUUGGGUGGCUUGGUUUGGUUUGCCGUGCCUUUCUCUUUGGCAACAUCACUCGGUUUAGGAGCUUUAGCUCUUGAUCUACCAAUAACACAAACUGAGGCCGGUCGUGGACUUGUUCCUCCUGCUAUAGCUAUAGCUUUGAUGGGAAAAGCAGGAUCACUUAUACUUCUUACUAUGCUUUUUAUGGCUGUGACAUCCGGUGGCUCUGCUGAGCUAAUUGCUGUUUCUUCCUUGUGUACAUAUGACAUAUACCGGACCUAUAUCAAUCCAAAUGCAAAUGGAAGACAAAUUCUGAAUGCUUCAAGGUUUGUCAUUCUGGCCUUUGGAUGCUUAAUGGGAGUGAUAGCAGUGAUACUGAAUAUGGCAGGAGUUUCAUUGGGCUGGAUGUAUCUAGCCAUGGGAGUUUUCAUUGGUUCAGCUUUUAUCCCUCUAGCUUACUUGCUUCUAUGGAAGAAGGCAAACUCAUCAGGUGCCAUUGCUGGAAUGGUCUGUGGCUGCAUUUUUGGACUCACUACUUGGCUAACGGUGACAAAAGUAGUGUAUGGCCGAGUAGAUCUUGACACCACUGGCAGGAAUGGGCCAACGCUUGCUGGAAACAUUGUCUCUAUAGUGACUAGUGGAGUUAUCCAUACUGUAUGCAGUUUUCUGUGGCCACAGAAUUAUGAUUGGGAGAGCACCAAGCAGAUAACCAUGGUUGAAAAGGAUAAAAGUGAUUUGCCAGAAGAAGAAUACAAGGAGGAAAAGCUAGUAAUAGCAAAAGCUUGGGUAUUAAAAUGGAGUGUCUGUUUCACUGUUGUGAUUUUGAUAUUGUGGCCUGUUCUCACUAUUCCAGCAAAAAGCUUCAAUUUGGGAUACUUCACAUUUUGGGUUGCCAUUGCAAUAGCAUGGGGUACCAUUGGAAGUGUUGUGAUUAUUGCUUUGCCCUUGAUCGAAAGCAGGGAUACAAUCAAAAGUAUUUUGAUUGGCAUAUUUAAAGAUGUUUUUCUCAUUCAAAAGAUUGAAAAAAUGAAUUCUAAAAUACGAGAAAUCAUGUUACCAGUAACCAGAAGCUGAAGAGAAGACCAAGAAACAUGAAGAAUUAGAGCAAAAAACUGUUGCUGUUUCAUCAGAGCCAUAAUAAUCUUCUCAAAUAAACUAUUGUCAUUGAUACUUUGGAAGCUUAGACUGCUUCAGAUUUCCAAAAGAUGGAAAAUUAUCAAAAGAUGUGGUUGCUUAUGUUACACCUUUUUCUUGCAAAUAAGGAUAUGUACUAAGGGGGCCUAACCUGAGCAAUCAGAGUUAAACUUGUCUUCUAGCCUUGUGACCUGAGCCUUUUUUUUUUGCUCAGUGGAAAUAGAAAAUCUUGAUGGUUCAAAGGCCCUUAGCCUUUCUGUUUAUGUAUACAUUGUAAGCAAAAAAUGUUACAGUAGAAUGAAUCUUUUGUUCAAAGAUG